AUGUUUUUGUUUCGAAUUAUGAAUGGUGGUGGUCAGAGACACUCUCUGUCAAUGUCUGUUUGCGUGUUCACACACUGGACACCAAACAGCCCUGAACCAUCCGCUGCUUGGAGGAAUUUCGCGAUCUCUUGCCCACAGGGGUGCUGCACUCGGCGGAUCGUUUUCGAGCGGCUGCUGCACUGCACGUUGUGGUCUAUGUUUUUGUUUCGAAUUAUGAAUGGUGGUGGUCAGAGACACUCUCUGUCAAUGUCUGUUUGCGUGUUCACACACUGGACACCAAACAGCCCUGAACCAUCCGCUGCUUGGAGGAAUUUCGCGAGAUCAUGCCCACAGGGGUGCUGCACUCGGCGGAUCGUUUUCGAGCGGCUGCUGCACUGCACGUUGUGGUCUAUGUUUUUGUUUCGAAUUAUGAAUGGUGGUGGUCAGAGACACUCUCUGUCAAUGUCUGUUUGCGUGUUCACACACUGGACACCAAACAGCCCUGAACCAUCCGCUGCUUGGAGGAAUUUCGCGAUCUCUUGCCCACAGGGGUGCUGCACUCGGCGGAUCGUUUUCGAGCGGCUGCUGCACUGCACGUUGUGGUCUAUGUUUUUGUUUCGAAUUAUGAAUGGUGGUGGUCAGAGGCACUCUCUGUCAAUGUCUGUUUGCGUGUUCACACACUGGACACCAAACAGCCCUGAACUAUCCGCUGCUUGGAGGAAUUUCGCGAUCUCUUGCCCACAGGGGUGCUGCACUCGGCGGAUCGUUUUCGAGCGGCUGCUGCACUGCACGUUGUGGUCUAUGUUUUUGUUUCGAAUUAUGAAUGGUGGUGGUCAGAGGCACUCUCUUUCAAUGUCUGUUUGUGUGUUCACACACUGGACACCAAACAACCCUGAAUUAUCCGCUGCUUGGAGGAAUUUCGCGAGAUCAUGCCCACAGGGGUGCUGCACUCGGCGGAUCGUUUUCGAGCGGCUGCUGCACCACACGUUGUGGUCUAAAUUUCUGUUUCGAAUUAUGAAUGGUGGUGGUCAGAGACACUCUCUGUCAAUGUCUGUUUGCGUGUUCACACACUGGACGCCAAACAACCCUGAACCAUCCGCUGCUUGGAGGAAUUUCGCGAGCUCUUGCCCACAGGGGUGCUGCAGUCGGCGGAUCGUUUUUGAGCGGCUGCUGCACUGCACGUUGUGGUCUAUGUUUUUGUUUCGAAUUAUGAAUGGUGGUGGUCAGAGACACUCUCUGUCAAUGUCUGUUUGCGUGUUCACACACUGGACACCAAACAACCCUGAACCAUCCGCUGCUUGGAGGAAUUUCGCGAGAUCAUGCCCACAGGGGUGCUGCAGUCGGCGGAUCGUUUUCGAGCGGCUGCUGCACUGCACGUUGUGGUCUAAAUUUCUGUUUCGAAUUAUGAAUGGUGGUGGUCAGAGACACUCUCUGUCAAUGUCUGUUUGCGUGUUCACACACUGGACACCAAACAACCCUGGAUUAUCCGCUGCUUGGAGGAAUUUCGCGAGCUCUUGCCCACAGGGGUGCUGCAGUCGGCGGAUCGUUUUCGAGCGGCUGCUGCACCACACGUUGUGGUCUAAAUUUCUGUUUCGAAUUAUGAAUGGUGGUGGUCAGAGACACUCUCUGUCAAUGUCUGUUUGCGUGUUCACACACUGGACACCAAACAACCCUGGAUUAUCCGCUGCUUGGAGGAAUUUCGCGAGAUCUUGCCCACAGGGGUGCUGCACUCGGCGGAUCGUUUUCGAGCGGCUGCACUGCACGUUGUGGUCUAUGUUCUUGUUUCGAAUUAUGAAUGGUGGGAGUCAGAGACACUCUCUGUCAAUGUCUGUUUGCGUGUUCACACACUGGACACCAAACAGCCCUGAAUUAUCCGCUGCUUGGAGGAAUUUCGCGAGCUCUUGCCCACAGGGGUGCUGCACUCGGCGGAUCGUUUUUGAGCGGCUGCUGCACCACACGUUGUGGUCUAAAUUUCUGUUUCGAAUUAUGAAUGGUGGUGGUCAGAGACACUCUCUGUCAAUGUCUGUUUGCGUGUUCACACACUGGACACCAAACAACCCUGGAUUAUCCGCUGCUUGGAGGAAUUUCGCGAGAUCAUGCCCACAGGGGUGCUGCACUCGGCGGAUCGUUUUCGAGUGGCUGCUGCACUGCACGUUGUGGUCUAAAUUUCUGUUUCGAAUUAUGAAUGGUGGGAGUCAGAGACACUCUCUGUCAAUGUCUGUUUGCGUGUUCACACACUGGACACCAAACAACCCUGGAUUAUCCGCUGCUUGGAGGAAUUUCGCGAGCUCUUGCCCACAGGGGUGCUGCAGUCGGCGGAUCGUUUUCGAGCGGCUGCUGCACCACACGCUGUGGUCUAUGUUUUUGUUUCGAAUUAUGAAUGGUGGUGGUCAGAGACACUCUCUGUCAAUGUCUGUUUGCGUGUUCACACACUGGACACCAAACAACCCUGGAUUAUCCGCUGCUUGGAGGAAUUUCGCGAGAUCUUGCCCACAGGGGUGCUGCAGUCGGCGGAUCGUUUUCGAGCGGCUGCUGCACCACACGCUGUGGUCUAAAUUUUUGUUUCGAAUUAUGAAUGAUGGUGGGAGUCAGAGACACUCUCUGUCAAUGUCUGUUUGCGUGUUCACACACUGGACACCAAACAACCCUGGAUUAUCCGCUGCUUGGAGGAAUUUCGCGAGAUCAUGCCCACAGGGGUGCUGCACUCGGCGGAUCGUUUUCGAGCGGCUGCUGCACUGCACGUUGUGGUCUAAAUUUCUGUUUCGAAUUAUGAAUGGUGGUGGUCAGAGACACUCUCUGUCAAUGUCUGUUUGCGUGUUCACACACUGGACAACAAACAACCCUGAAUUAUCCGCUGCUUGGAGGAAUUUCGCGAGAUCAUGCCCACAGGGGUGCUGCACUCGGCGGAUCGUUUUCGAGCGGCUGCUGCACCACACGUUGUGGUCUAAAUUUCUGUUUCGAAUUAUGAAUGGUGGGAGUCAGAGACACUCUCUGUCAAUGUCUGUUUGCGUGUUCACACACUGGACACCAAACAACCCUGGAUUAUCCGCUGCUUGGAGGAAUUUCGCGAGAUUAUGCCCACAGGGGUGCUGCACUCGGCGGAUCGUUUUCGAGCGGCUGCUGCACCACACGUUGUGGUCUAAAUUUCUGUUUCGAAUUAUGAAUGGUGGGAGUCAGAGACACUCUCUGUCAAUGUCUGUUUGCGUGUUCACACACUGGACACCAAACAACCCUGGAUUAUCCGCUGCUUGGAGGAAUUUCGCGAGAUCUUGCCCACAGGGGUGCUGCACUCGGCGGAUCGUUUUUGAGCGGCUGCUGCACCACACGUUGUGGUCUAUGUUUUUGUUUCGAAUUAUGAAUGGUGGUGGUCAGAGACACUCUCUGUCAAUGUCUGUUUGUGUGUUCACACACUGGACACCAAACAGCCCUGAAUUAUCCGCUGCUUGGAGGAAUUUCGCGAGAUUAUGCCCACAGGGGUGCUGCACUCGGCGGAUCGUUUUCGAGCGGCUGCUGCACCACACGUUGUGGUCUAAAUUUCUGUUUCGAAUUAUGAAUGGUGGGAGUCAGAGACACUCUCUGUCAAUGUCUGUUUGCGUGUUCACACACUGGACACCAAACAACCCUGGAUUAUCCGCUGCUUGGAGGAAUUUCGCGAGAUCAUGCCCACAGGGGUGCUGCACUCGGCGGAUCGUUUUCGAGCGGCUGCUGCACCAAACGCUGUGGUCUAUGUUUUUGUUUCGAAUUAUGAAUGGUGGUGGUCAGAGACACUCUCUGUCAAUGUCUGUUUGUGUGUUCACACACUGGACACCAAACAGCCCUGAAUUAUCCGCUGCUUGGAGGAAUUUCGCGAGAUCAUGCCCACAGGGGUGCUGCAGUCGGCGGAUCGUUUUCGAGCGGCUGCUGCACUGCACGUUGUGGUCUAAAUUUCUGUUUCGAAUUAUGAAUGGUGGUCGUCAGAGGCACUCUCUGUCAAUGUCUGUUUGCGUGUUCACACACUGGACACCAAACAACCCUGAACCAUCCGCUGCUUGGAGGAAUUUCGCGAGAUCAUGCCCACAGGGGUGCUGCAGUCGGCGGAUCGUUUUUGAGCGGCUGCUGCACCACACGUUGUGGUCUAAAUUUCUGUUUCGAAUUAUGAAUGGUGGUGGUCAGAGACACUCUCUGUCAAUGUCUGUUUGCGUGUUCACACACUGGACACCAAACAACCCUGAACCAUCCGCUGCUUGGAGGAAUUUCGCGAGAUCAUGCCCAUAA